AUGUCUCUCCUGAGGUGUUUGCUGCCCGUCUUUGCGCUGGGUCGCGCACAGGAGAUUCUGUUGAUCUUGGAGGACUACUGGGAGAGGAACUCGGACCUGCAUGAGAUUCCCAUCUUCUACAACUCGCCCAUGGCAACCAAGUGCCUGCGGAUCUUCGAGACGUACACGAACAUGUGCAGCGUCUCCGUGCAAGAGCAGGCCAACCGUUGCAACAACCCCUGGGUGCUCAAGUACAUCCAGAACAUGCCCGACAGGCACUCCUUUGCGGCGGCGGAGGCGGAAAUGGGAGCCUGUGUCGUGCUGGCAGACACGGUCCAGAUUCACAUGUCGUGCCCGAAGUCACCACCUUCUUUUCUAGGGCAGAAGAUAGCAAAAGUCUUUGGUUAUCCCCUCUCUUAA